AUGGAUAGUGUCCAAUCUCCGGUUCGAACGCAAUGUUUCGUCGGGAAUUUGCGGUCUGAUGUCCCAAAGACAAUGCUUGAAGAUAAACUAAGAGCCUCGUUUGAAUCCUUAGGAAUUUUCGUUUGCAGUGUUGACGUUUGCCGGAGAAAUGGAAAAAAGCCAACACAUGCAUUCGUCGAUCUAGCUAGUAAGAGUGAUUUGGAAAAUGCUAUAACAAAUGCGGACAGAUUCGACCAGAAAUUAGUCUUUGACGGCAAGAUCAUCCGAGUAGCUCCAAGAGAUCAGAAAGGCAGUGACGCCCAAGAUGCGGCAAAAGAGAGGCAAAAAUUCAGGAACAAAGGAAAACAAAAAGGAAAGCUCAAAGUACAAUCUAUUGGUACUAGAAAAAUGAUGUCACUACAUAACCCAAGUGGUAAUAAACCUCCUCCAAUCGUUAGCCAAAACACUUCCCCGUAUCUUCAACAUAAGCAUUCAAAUAAAGUAGAUAAUGGCGAAGGGUAUAUUAUUGGUCAAAAGCUUGGGACUGAAGACAGGCUCACGGAAUACAAAAGAGGAGGAGGAAAUUAUCUGGUCAAGAGAAUGAGGUCAUAUAUCAAUGAAUAUGUCUGUGCCUUCUUGAAUAGUGAAGGAGGAAGACUCCUCAUUGGUGUUGAAGACGACUGCAAGGUGUGUGGGGUGGAGUGUAGCGAUCAAAUGGAGGACCAGUUGAGGCAGGAGUUGGACAGUGUCAUCAAACGAUUCAAACCCCCAGUUCUACCAAACAUGUACAGAGUCAACUUCAAGUCUGUUUACAAAUCCCUGUCAGAUGUUACAGUUGAAAAUGGAGCACCGGUUUUAACAGAGUCGAUGUUUCCUGGAAGCAACAAUGAAAGUGUGCCUGGUCCUAGUGGUUUGAACAAUAGAAAUGGUGUCAUUCUAGAACUGACCAGCCUAAAAGUGAUUGAACUUAAGGUUGACAAGCCUAAGAAGUGCCCUUCUUUGUAUGAGAAUGAAGAGGGUGUAGUCUACAUCAGGAGAGAUGGCAGUAUACAACGCCUGCGUGCCAGUGAAAUCCAGGAGUGGCUACGGCAGAAUGCCAGUGAUUCUCACGUUAAAGUAUUGCAGAUGGAGAACGAAUCUCUAAAAACUGAAUGUCAAAAAAAGGAUAGAAUUAUCACUAGAAUAAGUGAGCAGAAUGAGAAUCUGGAGAGACAAACACUAAGUAAAUCUAAAUCAGCUGUCUGUACAUUGCUUUGAUGACUUUUAGAUUGGUGGCAUUCACAUAGAGCACACAGACAACUGCUACUUACUCUGUUUCAUUUUUUAAAUAAACAGUCUUAUAAAUUUUAACUUUUUAACUUUAUUUGUUUGCUUUGUUUACAUGUUUUUAUUUAUUUAUUUUUUAUUACAAGUUAUAAAGAAAUUGAUAAAAUAGAAGUAUAUAAGAUAUGCUGUUUUCUCAUACUUGAAAACCCAGCAGUCUGCAUGGUCAUUUCCUGGAAAUGCUGGAUUCUCAAGGAUACUACAUUCUCUGUUUGCAUAAAUUGAUACCAUAGCAUUCCUUUCCUGAGGCCUUGUGUCAUCCUUUAUUGACAAACAAAAAUAUCUUCAGGGAGGACCACCAGGUGUUUUUCACAGCCCAUCAAAGUCAAACACUGCUGCACUUGUAUCCAAGCUUUCCAACAGUGCCUUGUGGUCCCAUCUCUAAUUCCUGGUCGCUGUGCUAAUGUGGGCACAAGUUGGUGUAUGGUUGUUUUUUUUAAUAAAAAAAUACAGAUAUGAGCA